GGCAUCGCAUUGGAAACAACGAUGUCAAUCCUUUUCUACGUCGUUCAGGUUGGUUACGUUCCCAAUUCUCACUGCCACCGAAGUAACAACCCCUGUUUGAUUGCGGUGUCGUGCCCCUACGACGUUUCUGAGUGUCGACGCCGACUGUUUAUGCUCCUGGCGCAGAGUGCGCAUGCCGUUUACCUAGCAUUACUAACCCUGCAAUUGUCUGGAGAUAUCGCAACCAAUCCCGGACCAGACAGUGUUGAUUCCCAAGGGGCUAAUAUUUUGAGCAUUGUAACUAGAACUGAGAUUGGCCAAAGCCACAUGCUUACCGAAAUUAAGAAGCUCCAGGACGCCCAAUCAUCAACAGAUGUGGCCAUAAAGAACCUUAAAGAAAAGGUAGCGGCGAUAGAGGCCGAUCUAAGUUCUAUGAGGACGGCUUCGGAUGGGAGCGGAAGCAGUUCGGUAUUUUCCAACAAAUUUGUAUUAGAGUUAUCGAAAGUAAACGCAAGGUGCGACGAUGCUGAAAACAGGCUUCGGAGAUCGAACUUAUUGUUCUUUGGUAUCCCUGACUUGCAAAAUGAAACUUGGAUCCAAUCGGAGGCAACUAUUUUGAGCUUCUGUGAGCAACGGCUGGGAAUUAAGCUUGACCCGAACGACCUUGAGCGGUCACAUAGGCUUGGAAAGUUUUUACCUAACAAAAAUCGGCCCAUCAUUGUCAAGUUCUUGCGUUACAAAGAUAGACAGAACAUUCUCUUUUCAGGCUUUAAACUAAAAGAUUCUGAGUACGCUAUUCGGGAAGACUUAUCGGGCGCUGUCCGCACCGCUCGUAACAAACUGUACUUGUUUGCUCGGUCUCAAAAUGAAACAUUCAAAAUCCGCUAUGAUAAGCUGAAUAUAAAUAAUAAGUGCUAUAAAUAUGACGUUACCUCCGACUCUGUUACAGAAGUCUCUAGAUAACUGAAGAUUCCUAACGUCACACCCCUUCGCCCAGCUGUGCACGCGAGGCAGUCAAAAAGUUUGAACUACAGUGUUACAUUUACUAAUAUACGCAGUGUUAUGACUAAACGUGAUGAUCUAAGUGCAUUCAUUUGUGACAAUAACUGUAGCAUUGUCAUUCUAACGGAA